UACGUGUUUGAUAUGACGUCACAAGUAUACUGCUAAAAUUAAAAGUCUUUGUUCCCUCUUCUUCUGUGUACAUAUCUUCUCUCUUUACUUUAGAAUAGUAAGAAUAAUGUCGACUUGGGCUGAUUUUAUCCAACAAAAUGAAGACAGAGAUGGUGUUCGUCUUACAUGGAAUGUUUGGCCAUCUACUAGGAUUGAAGCAGCAAAGCUGGUAGUUCCCAUGGCUGCUAUGAUUACUCCAUUGAAGGAGAGACCAGAGCUACCUCCUGCCCAGUAUGAGCCAGUAUUGUGUGGACGCUCUCAGUGUAGGGCAGUCCUGAAUCCACUUUGUCAAGUGGACUAUCGCAGUAAAAGCUGGAUAUGUAAUUUCUGUUAUCAGAGGAAUACCUUUCCUCAACAUUAUGCCGCCAUAUCAGAAUCCAAUCAACCAGCAGAGCUUAUAUCUCAUUUCUCUACCAUAGAAUACCAUCUUCAAAGAGCUGCGUUGGCUCCUACCAUUUUUUUAUUUGUUGUUGACACUUGUCAAGACUAUGAAGAUCUCCAGCCAUUAAAAGAGUCACUUCAAAUGUCUCUUAGUCUCAUUCCUCCCAAUGCACUGGUUGGACUCAUUACAUUUGGACGCAUGGUCCAAUUGCACGAGUUAGGUUGUGACGGUUAUUCAAAGUGCUACGUGUUUCGUGGCACUAAAGACGUCUCACCAAAGCAACUCCAGGAGCAGCUGGGGCUAGGAGGAGGAGGAGGAUCACGAGCUCCAGCACCAGCAGCUAAUCCAGCAGGACCCGCUCCUGGACAAGUACAAAACAGGUUUCUCCAGCCAUUGCAGAAUGUUGAUAUGAACCUGACUGACCUCAUUGGUGACAUACAGCGUGACCCAUGGACAGUCCAGCAAGGAAACCGCCCACUGAGAGCCACUGGAGUUGCUCUUUCUGUAGCUGUUAGCCUGCUAGAGGCUACUUUUCCUAAUGCUGGUGCACGUGUUAUGCUCUUUAUUGGGGGGCCCUGUACCCAAGGGCCUGGUAUGAUUGUUGGUGAGUCUCUUAAGGAUCCCAUUAGGUCUCAUCAUGACUUGGAGAAGGACGCUUGUAAAUAUCAUAAGAAAGCAUGCAAGCAUUAUGAUGGUUUGGCUAAGAGAGCAGCAGAGAAUGGUCACAUCAUUGAUAUAUACUCUUGUGCUUUGGAUCAACCAGGCCUCAAUGAGAUGAGAUACUUCUCAAAAUACACAGGCGGUUACAUGGUCAUGGGAGAUUCCUUCAAUACCUCGCUAUUCAAGCAAACGUUUCAGAAAGUCUUUGCAAAAGAUGCACAGAACAAUCAUUUUAGGAUGGGCUUCAAUGCAUCCCUUGAAGUGAAGUGCUCCAAAGAAUUGAAAGUUAAUGGUAUUAUUGGUCCAUGCAUAUCAUUGAAUAAGAGAUCUCAGAAUGUAUCCGAUAAUGAAAUUGGUGUGGGCGGUACAGCUGCUUGGAAGAUCCCCGGUAUUGAUCCCUCUACUUCUGUUGCUGUGUUCUUUGAGGUAUGCAAUCAACAGGCCGGCAAUAUACCACAAGGACAACCAGGGGCAAUGCAAUUUAUAACAUUUUACCAACACUCGUCCGGUCAAAAGAGAGUCAGGGUCACCACCAUUGCCAGGCAUUGGGCUGAUGCAGCUACUAACCUGAGUCAUGUUUCUGGCGGAUUUGAUCAAGAGACAGCUGCUGGUGUAAUGGCACGUCUUGCUGUUCAAAAAUCUGACAUUGAUGAUGGCCCUGAUGUCUUAAGAUGGCUUGAUAGAAUGCUCAUUCGUUUGUGUCAGAAAUUUGGUGAGUAUCAUAAAGAUGACCCAAGCUCCUUUAGAUUUGCUGACAACAUGUCACUUUAUCCUCAGGUAUAUCCUACCAUACUUACUGUAUUAUGUAUGUGUAUGUUGCUGGCUUUUUUGCAGUUCAUGUUUCAUUUGAGAAGGUCCCAGUUUUUACAAGUAUUCAAUUGCAGCCCUGAUGAGAGCUCCUACUACAGGGAUAAGUUGAACAGAGAAGACGUGACCAACUCAUUGAUAAUGAUACAACCGACUCUUUACUCUUAUUCUUUCAAUGGAGUCCCUGAACCUGUCCUUCUGGACUCAUCCAGUAUCCUUCCUGAUAGAAUACUUCUCUUAGACACUUUCUUCUUAAUACUCAUUUAUCAUGGAGAGACUAUAGAUAGCUGGAAGAAGGCCGGCUAUCAAGAUUUACCCGAUCAUGAAAACUUCCGUCAAUUACUUCAAGCGCCAGUUGAAGAUGCUCAGGUGUGCAAUCAUUUAUUGAUUGGUUUACCUAAUUUCUUACUAAAUGUUUACUAACUUUAGUAAGAAAUU